GUGACCCUCGUGUCGUGCGAUGGCUACGAGUUUGUGGUCCUUCGUGAAGCUGUCAUGGUUAGCCCAGCCAUCAAAAGUAUGCUGGAUCCCCGGAGUAGAUUCAGAGAAGCCAUCACAGGCCGAUGCGAAUUCUCUGGUAUAACCGGUAUCAUCCUCGAGAAGGUCUGCGAGUACUUCCAGUACUGGUACCGCUACCGUGACCGAGACGACGUGCCAGACAUGGAUAUUCCGGUCGAGCUUUGUCUAGAGCUGCUUGUAGCCGCAGACUAUCUG